AUGAGGAAGGUCUCACCUUUGAGGGAGUAUUUCCAGUCAGGGUAUGAUGCCGGUGAUAUCUUCGAAAAUGAGGAAUAUUCAUUUGAUGAGGAGCUUUGGUGCUGGCGUCAUGAGCACUUGGGAAUUCUGGUUUGGGCAGAUCCCUUAGAUCUCAGAGAUGCGGAUGAUGCAAAAGAACCAGGGGAGGUAUACUUCCAUUACACUUCUUUGCUAGCCUUCCGAAACAUCACCAAUGAGGCCAAAGAGAAGGUCGAAGUUUGGGCCUCUCUGAUCACCUCAGGAGAAAAAGCAAACGCCUGGUGGGGCAAGGGGAUCUACACUGUCCCCAAGCCACCGGAUGAAUGGGCAAGCACCGAAUUGCUCCUGGACAAUAACUACAGGAGUAUGAUGAGACGUGACAGGGAAGCCAGAGGUGAUCAGUAUGUGAAUGAAGAAUACCCGAAACGGGUUCAAUGUUGCAUCCCCAUCGUCGUGCAUCCUGACAAUGCCUUCGAUGUGUCGGUGCGGCAAACUCCUGAGAUGCGCAGGGAGAACAAGCCUCCGGGCACGAACCUGGCGAAUGUCGAGCUGAACCCGCCGGGCGAGACACGCCACAGAACCUGCGUGGUCAUUCGCAACGGAGGCAGGAUUCGUCGACUUCGCAGCAGUUUAAAAGACAAUCACUUGCAUGCGCAAGGUGAUCUUUUGACCCGAGCACUCAGGCGAGCCAGACAAGUUGCCACGAAACAUGGUCUGCAGAAUGAUGAGAGCAUCAGGGCUCUUUUGCGUGUUGCCAUCAUUUACAGCCAGCAAAGCCAACAUGCCAAAGCCAAACAGAUACUAGAGGUCGUGGUGGAGUACAGGAGAAAAAUGCUUGGUGAGCAAGAUCUUUCGACACUUCGGCAGCGCUCCAGGUUGGCGGCAGUCCUCAUGAACUUGGGCAAGUUCAGACAGGCAAGGGUAGCUUGA